AGGUCGUCGGUGAAUGAGCGCUCACGCACGCCAGAAUCGACCCGUCUUGCUUGGCCAAGGCACACCACAACCAGCAAUCCGUCACGCUUAGCCGACCUCUGUGAGCGUCGCAGCAAUACGCCACCAACUCGCAUUGAAGAAAGAUGUCCCUCGCUCGUACUAUCGCAAACGCACGCAAGGCCGGCUUGUCAAAGUUCUGGCGAGACCUGCAGUACAUUGGUGAUGCAAAGGCAGGCACGCUCGUAGGGAUCGAUCGCAAUGGCAACAAGUACUACGAGGACCUCAACGAGAUCCCGGGCAGGCACAGAUGGGUGGACUUUGCUCAGCACGAUUUUGCCGUCUCUCAAAUCGAACCAGCUUGGAAUGGCUGGCUGCACCACAACAAGCAAGAUCCUCCUAAUGUUGAUCCUGUGACUAUUGCGUCUCACCCCACGUGGGAAGCUGACCCUACCGAGUCUGCGACAGGUACGCGAGGCUCUUUCAGGACGUAUAGCACCACGGUCUCUCCAAAGAUUCAGUCUUGGAACCCCAAGGUGGCGUCCCGAUCAUAAAGGGCGUCAAGCCAUAGCGGGCUACGUAUGGACUGAACCUACACUCUAUCAUCACGCUUGGCGUCAAUACGAUCAGAUACAAGAUACCUUGCGAAGGCGGCGACUGCUUUGUGCAAUUGACGUUCUCGCGAAGCUUGGAGUGCUCGCAAGCCCAAACGCAUCCCUCGAUUGUGAUCUGAAGUCUCAGAGAGGUCUCACCAGCUCUGUAUCGAGGCACAGACAACCCUUGACUUGGUUUGCGAGGGGCGGAUGAUGCUGACCAGGAG